UAUAUUUAUAUACACACGUGUUGUACGAUAUAUAAUGUUCUGGUAUUUAAAGUAUUGACUAAAACAUUGAAUUGUUUUAUGUUUUGAAUGAUAACAUAGAUAUCUAUUGACCACUAAUAAGAUGGCGAAGAAGUCAAAUAAGAGGAAACUAAAGACAGAAAUAAAAGCAAAAAAUGUGACAAAAGAGCCGGAAGUGGAAGUGUUGGAUGCCAUCAGAUAUUCAGAUGAACCGCCAAUUAAAAAGACCAAAUGGCUUAACAAACAACGAGUCCUUGUGUUGGCCACUCGUGGCAUCACUUAUAGGGACAGACAUCUAAUGAAUAACAUUAAGCAAAUGCUUCCGCACUCAAAAUCUGAGCCGAAAAUGGAGGCAAAAGAUUUGCAUUUAGUGGUCAAUGAGAUCUGCGAAAUGAAAAACUGCAAUAAAAGCAUAUUCUUCGAGAACCGAAAGCGCAAAGACUUAUAUAUGUGGAUAUCAAAUGUACCGAACGGCCCGUCGGCCAAGUUUUUAGUGGAAAAUGUCCAUACAAUGCAAGAAUUGCGAAUGACUGGCAACUGUCUAAAAGGAUGCCGACCUCUACUAUCAUUUGAUCCCAUGUUUGACAAACACAUUCAUUAUUCACUUCUUAAAGAGAUGUUUAUUCAGAUUUUCGGGAUUCCAAACAAUCAUCCGAAAAGUCAACCAUUUUUCGAUCACGUCUUAUCAUUCAAUAUAUUAGAUCAUAAGAUAUGGUUUCGUAAUUAUCAGAUCGUAGAAGAGGAUGGCUCUCUUGCAGAGAUCGGACCUCGUUUUGUGCUAAAUCUUAUUAAAAUAUUUGACUCGAGUUUUAGCGGUCGUAUACUUUAUAGUAAUCCCAAUUAUGUGUCACCAAAUAGACAUCGCCGUCAACUCAAGAAUAUGGUGUCAAACAAAUAUAAAGAUAGGAUUUCGGCCAAAAAGGGCAGAGAAAAUAGAGAACCGAAAGGCACUUCUUAUGCAGACGUUGACCAAAACGAUGAUAUCUUCAAUACGAUAACACCUGAAGUGGCCAAAGGUGUGGCUAAAAAUGUUUUUCGUAGAAAUAAAGAUUAAACUAAUUAUACUUUAAAUCAAAUUU